GCUCCAUCUCAGAACCCAAUCUCCUCAGCUUACACCAGCUACCAUCCUCUCAUUCAGCCAUAUACUCCAAUGAAACCAUUUGCCACGAACCACGAGGAGCUGAUCCACGAUGUUGCGUACGAUUUCUACGGUAAACAGCUCGCUACCUGUUCCUCGGACCAACACAUCAAGGUGUUUGACCUUGAUUCAACUACCAAUGAAUGGAUCCUGAACGAUUCAUGGAAGGCACAUGAUUCGAGCAUUGUGAAGCUGAGCUGGGCUGCGCCGGAGUUCGGUAAGAUCAUUGCGUCCGUUUCGUACGACAAGUCUGUACGCAUAUGGGAAGAAGACCUGGACGAGCCACAUGGAUCAGGCCGUCGCUGGAAGAAGCUGGCAACAUUGCACGAUUCCAACGGCCCGUUGUACGACGUGGCCUUUGCCCCAAGCCACCUGGGCCUGCGUUUGGCUACGAUUGGAAGUGAUGGAGUGUUGAGGAUUUAUGAUGCCCUGGAACCAGCAGACUUGAGAUCAUGGACAGUGACCUCUGAGGUUUCUGUGCUGUCCAUUGCUCCUGCUAACCAUCUACAGAGUGAUUUUGCAUUGGACUGGUGUAAAUCGAGAUUCUCGCCUGAGAAGCUGGUUGUGUCUGCCUUGGACCAGGCUUUUGUAUACAACAGAGAUUCCAAUGGGAAACUGGUGCGUGCUGCCACUCUCCCUGAACAUGGAGGUCUCAUCAGGUCUGUAUCCUGGGCACCUUCCAUGGGUAGAUACUACCAAUUAUUGGCCACUGGCUGUAAAGACGGCAAAGUGCGUUUCUUCAAGCUCACAGAGAGACUCUCAACGGCACCAAGACCGUUGAAUGGUAAGUCACCAGAUGUGGACGAAGAUAUGGUGGAUGCCGAUGCACCAAACGUCAACAUCCAAGUGGACCUCGUUGGCCAACACGAUGAUCACCACGGAGAAGUAUGGUCUGUUUCCUGGAACCUUACAGGUACCAUAUUGAGCAGUUCUGGCGAUGACGGUAAAGUGAGACUAUGGAAGGCCUCCUACAACAAUGAGUUCCAAUGCCUCAGUGUGAUAUCUGCUGAGCAGAAGGACGUAUGAAGUAUCUGGUUGGAAUGCUUACACGAUGCUAAAGUGAUGAGAAUUGUUCCAUUAGAAGAAAUCAGAAUGUACGAAAUAUUUAAUGAAGGGUAAUAAAACAAAUCAUUAAUCUUAUCCACUGCCAUUGCCUAUGCCCAGUUACCUAAGACGGACAUGACUAUC